UCGGCCGUCGGGGACCGCGAAAGCGAAGAGUAGGAAGCGGCCAGGUUCUGCCCGGUGAUUGUCGCCGGCACAACCGGGUCCAGGGGCAGGGGCGCCCGGGGGACCUGGGAGGGUCCCCGAAAGGCCCCAGAGGCGCAGAGAGGUGUGAGGCGGGUGCGGGCAGCUGCGGCCCGCUCGCACGAUGCCGCCUUCGGCGCUGACCACCACGGUGUCCCUCCGGGAGCUGGCCGACCUGGCCAUCGGCACCCCGGAGGUGGGCGCCGUCAACUUCACGGCCUUGCACACGCUCAUCGUGGCCAUGCUGAAGAACCUCAACCUCCAGGACACGCGGGUCGACUUCCAGACCCCGUCGCCCGAGCCCAGCCGCUUGUUGGAGGGGACCCGGACCUCGCUCAGCACCCCGCAACUGCCAGCGCCCAGGGAGAAGCGGAAGGGCGUGGCCCGGCCUCCGCAGACGCUGGAGAGCCAGGUGCAGGACCUGGGCCGGCAGGUGAAGGCCAUCGGCGGCCGGGUGAAGGGCCUGCUGCAGCACUUGGCCUCGCAGGCCGGCGGGCUGGACGCGGGCGCCCGCGAGUGGGUGGACUUGAAGGACCUGGGCUCGCUGGAACCCGAGAAGUCACAGGCCAUGCAGCUGCUGCAGGACGUCAUGCAAGACGUGAAGAAACUGAAAGAAUCCCAGGAACGGGCACAGGAGUUCCUGCAGGGGAAGCCCCAGGAGUUCCUCCAGCGGAUUGGUCAACUAGAGAAGCUGGUCAAAGACCGAGAUGAAUUCCUGGAUCAAGUGGGCCGGACGCUGAGUUUGGUUCCUGGUGAGGAAGCAACCAUGGUCACCUGGGAGGAGCUGGAGCAGGCGAUCACCGAUGGCUGGAAGGCCUCACAAGCGGGCUCAGACACAUCGACAGGACUUCCUAAGCACAGAAGGCAGACCUCCUUGACGUCAAAUGACGCAGGUCCUGGUGGAGUCUUCACCAAGUAUCCAAGUACUGACCAGACUCCGGAUUCUGCCAGUGGGUUGGGCCCAGAUCAGACCUUAUCAGGAUCCAGCGGCACCGGAUACCCCUCUGAGGGGGUCACUAGUGGAGAACGAAGCAGGGACCCUUCUGCUACUGGUUUUUCUAGUAGAGACCAGCACCCAAGGGCCCAUGAUGAAGCUGGCACACCAAGACAAUACCAGCCUCCUGCAUCCCAGCUCAGGGAGUCAGAUCGGCACAGAAGAAAGCAACCUACCCCAACACAUCCGAGAAGAGACGAACGAGAUUUACGCCUUAGCCCAGCUCAACAAGACAUAACCUCAGCCAGAGAAUGGCAUGAUCGCGUGUACCCAGAGUCGCAUGGUGGGCCCAUCGGCCAGGGCCAAGUCUAUCCAAGGCCAGGUUACCAUGGAUUAGGACCAUCUGGCAUGGGCCAGCCUGGAGUGCUAUAUCCUACCGCUUAUCCACAUGGUGUGGUACCCAUCAGCAUGGGUCAGCUUGGUGUGAUACCACCUGAAACGGAUGAGCAAGCAUUGGGGUCACUUGGCAUAGGUCAACAUGGUGUGGUACCACCACUGGUACCUGGCAGAGAUCAGCAAAGAUUGGAAAUACCAAGUACAGGCUUACAUGGUAUGGUUCCACUCAGCACAUAUCAGCACGGUGUGGUAUUUCCUGGCACAGAUCAACGUGGCAUGGAACAGCCUGGCAUACAGAGUGGAAUGGGACCACUUGGCAUGGAUCAGCGUGGAUUGAUACCACUUGGCAUGGGCCAGCAUGGAUUUGUAUUAGGCCAAGAUCAGCAUGGACUUGUACCCCCUGGCAUGGGUCAGCAAGGACUGGGACUGGCUCGUGUAGAUCGGCACGGAUUAGUUCCACCUCUUACAGAUCAGCACAGAUUGGUGUCACCUGCAUUGAUGCAAGUUAGUGCAGAUCAGCAAGGUGCCAUACAGCCCCAUUUGGAAACACCUGGCUUUAUACAACCUGGCUCAGAGUGGCAUGAUUUCAUUCAGCCUGGUGCCUUUCAGCCUGGCUUGGUCCAACCUGGUGCAGAUCAGCCUGGUGUGGUGCAACCUGGUACAGAUCAGAGUGGUUUGGCACAGCCUGGCACAGAUCAGUCUGCUGUGGUACAACCUGGUGCAGAGCAGCGUGGUUUGGUGCAGCCUCGUGCAUAUACACCUGGUUUGGUGCAACCUGGCUUAGUUCAGCAUGGUUUGAUCCAGCCUGGAAUGGAUCAGCAUGAUUUGGUACAACCUGGCACGGAUCAGCCUGGUUUGAUGCAGCCUAGUGCAACUCAACCUGGUUUAAUACAGCCUGGCACAGACCAACAAGGUGUUGUGCAGCCUGGUGCAGGUCAGCCUCAUUUGGUCCAGCCUGGCACAUCUCUUAAUUUGGCACAAUCUGGUGUAAGUCAGCCUGGUUUGGUACAGUCUGGUGCAUAUCUACCUGGUUUGACCCAGCCUGGUGUAUAUCCACCUAGUUUGGCACAACUUGGUGCAGGCCAGGUUGGUUUGGUGCAGCCUGGUGCGUAUCCACUUGGCUUGGUGCAGCCUGGUGCAGAUCAGUUUGGUUUGGCACAGCCUGGCACAGACCAGCCUGGUGUAGUGAAACCUGGGGCAGAGCAGCGUGGUUUAAUGCAGCCUCGUGCAUAUACACCUGGUUUGGUGCCUGGUAUAGAUCAGCAUGGUGUGGCCCACCCUAGGAUGGAUCAACAUGGUCUGGUGCAACCUGAUGUAUAUCCUACUGGUUGGGUACAGCCUGAUGCAUAUCCAUCUGGGUUGGUGCAGCCUGGAACAUAUGUAUCUGGUUUGAUCCAGCCUGCUACAGAUCCACGUGGUUUGGUCCAGUCUGGUGUAGGUCGAGGUGGUUUGGUUCAGCCAGGAGUUGACCAACGUGGUUUUGUGCAGCCUGGUGCAGAUCAGCGUGGUUUGGUGCAACCUGGUACAGGUCAGCUUGAUUUGAUGCAACCUGGAAUAGAUCAACGUGGUUUGGUGCAACCUGUUGCAGGCCAAGUUGGUAUGGUACAACCUUUUGCAGGCCAAGUUGGUAUGGUACAACCUGGUUCAGAUCAGCGUAGUUUGGUGCAACCUGUUGCAGGCCAAGUUGGUAUGGUACAGCAUGGAAUAGGUCAGCGUGGUUUGGUGCAGCCUGGUGUAGGCCAGGUUGGUAUGUUACAACCUGGAAUGGAUCAGCAUGGUUUGGUGCAGCCUGGUACAGGCCAGGUUGGUAUGAUACAACCUGAUGCAGAUCAACGUGGUUUGGUUCAACCUGAAAUGGAUCAGUAUGGUUUGGUCCAGCCUGGAAUGGAUCAGCAUGGUUUGGUGCAACCUAGUGCAAGCCAAGUUGGUAUGGUGCAACCUGGUGUAGAUCAGCGUGGUUUGCUUCAACCUGUUGCAGGUCAAGUUGGUGUGGUACAACCUGGUGUAGAUCAGCGUGGUUUGCUUCAACCUGGUGCAGGUCAAGUUGGUAUGGUGCAACCUGGUGCAGAUCAGCGUGGUUUGCUUCAACCUGUUGCAGGUCAAGCUGGUAUCAUGCAACCUGGUGCAGACCAGCGUGGUCUGAUUCAACCUGUUGCCAGUCAAACUGGUAUGGUGCAACCUGGUACAGAUCAGCGUGGUUUGAUGCGACCUGUUACAAGUCAAAUUGGUAUGGUGCAACCUGGUGCAGAUCAGCGUGGUUCAGUGCAACCUGGCGUAGGCCAAGUUGGUAUGAUGCAACCUAGUGCAGGUCAGCGUGAUUUGGUCCAGCCUAGUACAGAUGCUCGUGGUUUGGUUCAACCUGGUGUAUACAUGCCUGGUUUGGUUCGGCCCGGUGCAUAUCCUACUGGUUUGGUACAACCUGGUGCCUAUCCACUUGGUUUGGUAAAACCUGGUGCCUAUCCACCUAGGUUGGUACAACCUGGUACCUAUCAUGGUUUGGUACAACCUAGUGCCUAUCCACCUGGCUUGGUACAGCCUGGUGCAGUCCAGCGUGGUUUAGUGCAACCUGGUGUCUAUCCUUAUGGUUCGGUUCAGCCUGGUACAGAUUCACAAGGUUUGUCUCAGCCUGGUACCUAUCCUCGUGGUUUGACUGAACCUGGUGCCUAUCCACGUGAUUUGGCACAGCCUGGAAUGGAUCAGCGUGGUGUGGGACAACCUGGUGCAGAUCAGAGAGGCUUGAUAGCACCAGGCACACAGCUUCGUGGCUUUCCAACAUUCCAGGCAGAUCCUCAGACUUUUGUAUCACCAUACCCAUAUCAACCUGGUGUUAUACCUCCUAUCAGACCACAGCAUGGCCAAGUGUCACCACUCCUAGCCAGUAAGAGUUUGAUACUGCCAGGUAUAGACCAAAGAGGUCUGGUAUUGCCAGAAAUUUAUCAGCGAGGUUUGACACUUCCUGGCACAAAUCAGCGUGGCCCAACACCUUUAGGCACGCGUUUGGGAUCUGUACGCCCAGAUCAACCACAGUUGGUAACACCUAGCCCAGAUCAGCAAGGCCAAGAACAUCCAGGUACAGAUCAAUAUGGCCAUGCAUAUCCUGUCUCAGACUACCGUGGCCAGAUGUAUCCUGGCUAUGGUGGUCCAGGGUAUCCAAGUGCCAAUCAGUAUGACCAGGUAGAUUUGGAUCCAAAUAGAAUAUAUGCCUCAAGUCGGCCCGGAAUUCCUGCUCAGACUGUCCCGGGCCAAGAUGUUACUUUUCCAGACUCAGUUAGCUAUCUCCACCAAGCCCCAUCAGAAAAAAGUGAGGUCCAGGGUGAGCGUCGCGAUUCACUGGAAAAAGUGGCUCCCAGCUUCCCCCUGGCUGUGGAAACAUUACGUCUGAUUGGAGAACUCACUGGACUUUAUGUGGAGCUAAAGGAGAAUAUGAAGGAUCUGGACGAGGAGCAAGCCGGCCAGACUGACCUAGAGAAGAUACAAUACCUCCUUGCACUCAUGGUCAAAAAGUCCAUACCCCCUGACCUGCAGGAACAGCUGAAGACCUUAAAGAGCUUGACCAAAGAAGUUCGGCAGGAAAAAGCCAAACUGGAGAAGAUGCAAAGGCUCCUGGAGACCGAAGCGGUGCAAGAAGGAGGGAAGGAGGUGAAAACUGGCCAGCUGAGCCUGCAGCUGGGCGUCCUCAGGGUCACCGUGGCUGACAUAGAGAAGGAGCUGGCUGAGCUGAGGGAGAGCCAGGAGCGGGGCAAGGUCACCAUAGAAAAUUCGGUCUCUGAAGCCUCCCUUUACCUGCAGGAGCAGACAGACGUGCUACAGGCGAUCAUCGAGAGCAUGCUGACCUCCUCCUCCACGCUGCUGUCCAUGAGCAUGACCCCACACAAGGCCCCGCCCCACCUGACACCCGGCCAGAUCGAUCCCGAGGCCACCUGCCCUGCCUGCAGCCUGGACCUGAGCCACCAGGUCAGCACGCUGGUGCAGCGCUACGAGCAGCUGCAGGACAUGGUCAACAGCCUGGCUGCCUCCCGGCCCUCCAAGAAGGCCAAGCUCCAGAGCCAGGACGAGGAGCUGCUGGGCCACGUGCAGAGCGCCAUCCUGCAGGUGCAGGGUGACUGUGAGAAGCUCAACAUCACCACCAGCAACCUCAUCGAGGACCACCGGCAGAAGCAGAAAGACAUAGACGUGCUGUACCAGGGUCUGGAGAAGCUCGAAAAGGAAAAGGCCAACAGGGAACAUCUGGAGUUGGAGAUUGACGUGAAAGCUGACAAGAGUGCCCUGGCGGCCAAAGUGAGCCGUAUCCAGUUUGAUGCCACCACAGAGAAGCUGAACCACAUGAUGCAGGAGCUGGUGGCCAAGAUGAGCGGACAGGAGCGGGACUGGCAGAAGAUGCUGGACAAGCUCCUGGCGGAAAUGGACAGCAAGCUGGACCGCCUAGAGUUGGACCCGGUGAAGCAGAUGCUGGAGGACCGCUGGAAGUCCCUGCGGCAGCAGCUCCAAGAGCGCUCUCCCCUGUACCAGGCGGACGAGGCAGCGGCCAUGCGGAGGCAGCUCCUGGCGCAUUUCCACUGCCUCUCGUGCGACCGUCCCUUGGAGACACCUGUGACGGGACAACUCAUCCCCGUGACACCUGUAGGCCCGGGCCUGCCUGGGCACCGGUCCAUCCGGCCCUACACGGUCUUUGAACUGGAGCAGGUUCGGCAGCAGAGUCGCAACCUCAAGCUGGGCAGUGCCUUCCCCCGGGGCGACCUGGUGCAGAUGGAGCGCAGCGUAGGGCACCUGCGCAGCAUGCACUCCAAGAUGCUCAUGGACAUCGAGAAGGUGCAGAUCCACUUCGGGGGCUCCGUCAGGGCCAGCAGCCAGAUGAUCCGCGAGCUUCUGCACGCCCAUUGCCUCAGCUCCCCCUGCUACAAGCGGCUGCCAGACGUAGCGGAUUACACCUACUCCACCAUGCCGCGGCGCUGUGGGGGCAGCCACACCCUCACCUACCCCUCCCGCCGCAACCGCCUGCAGCACCUGCCGCAGGGCCUGUACGCCCCCGAGGACGUCCAGCUCGCCAUGAAGCAUGACGAGGUGGAUAUCCUGGGCCUGGACGGACAUAUUUACAAGGGACGGAUGGACACGAGGCUGCCAGGCAUCCUGACCAAAGACUCCUCAGGGAUCGCCAAGAACAAGCCCAAGCAGCCCCGGCCCCACGUGCACAGGCCGCAGCCCCUUGGCAACAGCAGCCAGUUGCCCUCACGGCCUCAGAGCGCACAGAUGCUGGCGGCCAACCACUCAGUUUCUUCAAGUCAACGGAAAGAUAGAGACAGACCUGUGUCCUCCGAGGGACGUCUCUCCCAGACCAGCGCAGCCCACCCACCCAGCCCUACAGAGAUGGCGAACGUGCAGGGCAACCCCGCAGGGCUAGGGAUGCACAUGGACCUGCCUCCUGGGGAGGGGCUCGAGGAGCCCACCCGUGGGCCACGGUCCACCACGGCUCCUUGAGCCAAGCUAGAAAUAAAUGCUUAGGAAGGAGUUUGGGUCAGGCGAGG